AUGCUAAUCACACGUUUAGUAUUUGCCCUUGAAUUGAAAACAACUUUAAAUAUAUAAUGGUUUCAACGUAGUCGAGUAUAUCUUAGUUUCAUAAUGGGAGGCUGUCGCUGCACGUACAAGAAUUGUUCACUAAAAUCAGAUGGAGUUACACAUAUGUUUCAUUAUCCUGUAUUUGACAAAGUUCGAUGUCACCAAUGGCUUACUAAUGCACAGAAAUUAGAGUUCCUGAACUUAAAGGUGUCUCAAUUGAAAAACAGAGUUGUUUGUCAACAUCAUUUUAAUGAUGACAACUUUAUGAAUUUUCUGAAAGAUAAGCUUAUAUUCAAUGCAGUACCUACUCUUGAUGGACCAUAUUGUGAUUCUAGUAAAUUAAUCAAUCAAAAACGUGAACAAGAUGUCUCAAAACUGUAUAGUAUAUCACUUGAAGAUAUUGAAAAUGAAUAUUUAACAUUCAAUGACAAAAAAGCUAACUUUUCUAUGAAGUAUGGAGAUUUUUUAACUAAUUGUGACUUGAUGGAUUUAGAUUCAAUGAAUGCAGCUAAUGAUAACACACAAAUAACAAUGAAAGUUGAAUGUCAGGCAGAACCCAACAAGAUUAUUUUGAAUGAUGAAAUUGAAUGUCAAAGAGUUCCACCUGUUAAUCCUAAUUACAAUAAAGGUGUGUCGUUUCCAGCCAACGACAAUAAUGUUAUUAGAGUUCAAGUGACUGAAGUGCCUGUUCAGUAUGAAACUAAAGUGCAAGGAAAUGUAAACAUUCCUAAUGAAAAUAUGUUGCAAUCUCAUGGUCCACAAAAUAACAUUAAAUUAAUAACACAUAGCCCUAAAACGGUCUUGACGAAGAACAGCAAAGCAAGUAAGAAAAUUACAAUUAUAGAUCAAAAGGAAAUCUUAGACCCUACUGAAGUACCAUUACCAAAGUCAAUUAAAUUGGAGCCAAUAUGUCCGUCUGCAAUCUUAACACUUUCAAAUAAAAGAAAAAGGGUAAAUUUAAAUUCACAACUAAAGGACAACCAAGGUAAACUUUCUGGUCCUGAUUUAGAAGAAAGUACUAAUAUGGUGGGUCAAGUUAUUGAAAUCGAAAAUAAUGUUAAUGCUGUGCAGACAGUGAAUGUUCCUGAAAAGUUGAUUCUUAUCCAAAAUGAUGUGCAUAGUGAAAUUAGUCCUAUAAGCAAAACAUUAAGCAAAGUUAAACAAAAUGUUGUCAAAGCAAAUAAAAUUCCUUUACAGAAUUCUCAAGUACUCAGUACAAGUAAUGUUAAACAUAUGGUUAAGGAUAAAAAGAACAAUCAAUCAUUGUUAAAAAGUAAAAUACCUCCAGAAAGAAUGGCUGCUAUUGAAGAGAAGAGAAAAUUUAACAUGAAACUGAGAGAUAUAAUUGCAUCUUGUUUAGAUAAACUAGAUGAUGAGGAAACUAAUGAUUAUAAUAGUAGUAAAGUAAAAGCUCAAAUAGAAAAUAAUAUAACACAAAAAGUUAGUUCCUAUCUGUCUAAAGAUCCAGAACUACCCAGUAUGCAAGAUUAUACUGUUGCCUAUUUAGAAGCUAGAAUGAAAAAAAUGGAGGAUAUCUUAUUACAUAAAAUAGACCAAAAUUCUCGAAGAAUAGUGGAAUUACAAAAAUCACUAGCACUUUCUGUUGAUAAAAAAGUUGUACAUACCCAAACUACCGCAAAUGAAGAACUUCAGAAGAAGCACCUGUAUCAAGAAAUAUCGAAAUUCUUAAGUCCACAGGCAAAUAGUUUAUUGUAUGAAGAACUUUUCAUAAACAAAUAUGCACAGAAAAUUCAAGAUCAUUCACCAACAAAAAGACGCAAAAAUCGGUGA